UACCAAAGUUGGUUGUUGUUUCUCUAGUGGACCUGUCUUUGGUGUGUGUUGGAUCAAUUUGUGCUGAAAGUGAGAAGAUAGCAUCAUACAUGCUCAUGGCUGGAGUUGCUGCUUCUAGGCUUGGUUUGUGGAUGUUCGAUCUUGCAGUAAUCCAACAAAUGCAGGAUCUCGUUCCAGAAUCGGACCGUUGUGUGGUUGGAGGUGUUCAGAACUCGUUGCAAGCGGCUCUUGACUUGAUGGCUAUAUCUUAUUCGCCAGUGUUUGUAUCCAUCUUGUACAUGCAUAUGUUUAAGAUACAAUUUUGAACUAGACGACAUUUUGUAUAUGACAAUGUUAUAAUGACAAUUGACACAGCGACAAUGAAGGAAUCGUGGUCAC